CACACAUACACACACACACACAAGAAAUUUUUACACACAAACACACAUGCACAUCAGCAUACACUGGUGUGAUGAUACUGAGUUUCAUCUAGUGUUGCCAUCCACAGAUCUGUACGCACAAGUAAUGGCUCUGAAGUCUGUGAACCCCGAGCUGAAAGUGCACCUGGCAGUGGGAGGUUAUUCCAUGGGAACCUGGCCAUUUGAAAGCAUCACAGCCUCAAUGAGCAACAUGGAGACGUUUGCUGGGAACGCCGCCUCUUUUCUACGUACUCAUGGCUUUGACGGCCUGGAUUUGGAUUGGGAGUUUCCAGGCGCUUCCUUCAGAAGCCAGUUUUCCCAGCUGUGUGAAGCUCUGUUCCAGCACUUUAGUGUAGAAGCUCAGGCAUCUGGCAAGCCCCGCCUGCUCUUGACCGCUGCUGUGUCCGGUUACAAGACAGAGAUAGAGGCAUCAUAUGAGCCACAGAUCAUUCAACAGUAAGUCUUAGUUACUUGAUGCUUCGUCUCACUCCAUAUCCACCAAGACAAUAAUAGUUUUCAUGGUAUUGUGUAGAAGAAUAAAUGAGUUUGUUGAAAAAGCAGCCAAAACAAGACAUGUGAAGUGUCUCAAACUACAAUGAUGUUUUUAAGAACCCACCCCCUGCUCCUUCCACACACACAGACACAAGUACAAUUAUGAAGCUAGAAUAGGACUGACUGCGAGAUGAAUUUGAAGGACGUUAGUAGGAAACUGAGACGUGCCUUUCUUUGUAAUUGUCUGGUUGUCAGUAUCCGUGCGUGUUAAGCUGUUGCUCAUGCCGUUUGCCCCAAUCUGUGAUAGCUGGACUGGAGCUCUUGUGCCACUGUUUGCCCUCAGGUACUUGGACCACGUGUAUGUGAUGGCCUACGACUACUAUGGCUCUUGGUCGCUCACACUGGGACAUCAGAGUCCUCUGUACGUGAGAGACGAAGACCGACACGACCCCACGGAAUCUCUGCUUUCUCAGGUAAGUCUAUAGCACAUAUAUGUUGUGUGACCUACACACGUGUGAAAGAUUUUGUCUGUGAAUGGCAGGGUUUUGGACAGGUGUUGUGUUGUAGGUAAGUUUUUGUGGCGGUUUUGUAAUUAAAGAAGAGACUGGCGGUUUGGAGUGCAGGGUUGGUGGGGUGUGAAUAAUGAGACGUAGAAUGAGGAGUGUGUCUGUUGUGAGAGUGUUGCGAGCCUCCAGACUUGUCCUGAGCAUGUCCGUGUUCCUGUUCCGUGUCUCAGAAUGCUUCCAUGACCUGGUGGCACGAGCUGGGUGUACCCAAGAAUAAACUGGUGAUGGGAGCUGCCACCUACGGGCGGACCUUCCGGAUGUCGGCUGCUGACCAGUGGCAUGUUGGAGACCAGUCUCUUGGAGGUGGCGAUGUGGGACCAUACAGUGCUACACCGGGAUUCCUGGCGUACUAUGAGGUGAGGGAAUAGUCAGGGUAUGUUUUAUUGUAGGUGUACUGUUCUGUGGUCAUAAAUGAGCUAAUGACGCCAUUGGCGCUGUACAGCGAAAUUAAUUUAAUUUGGUUUUAGUGAGCUUUUCUUCUUGGGUGGAUUUGUUUUUUUGGUUUUGGAUUUGUUCUUUUUUCACUGAAGACUAAUACGUACUUUAACAGGAUAAUCAGCAUUCAUGCUCUUGAUUUUCAGAACACAAAAGUAAAAAAAAAAUCAAUUUUGUCAGUCCCAUCGUCUUCUGCUCCAAUGGGUCGUACCAUUCACGUUUUCAGCACAUUUGCUUGGCAUUCUUCAUUUGUUUUUUCUUUCUUCCAAGGGCCAUCAGCUCUAAACCUCAUGGACAACUCACUAUUGUUACAUUCAUCAAACUCAUUGUCUCCCCAGAUUUGUGACAUGAUCAUGAGCGGCACCUUGAACAGAGUGUGGAUGGACGAUUCCAGAGUACCUUUUGCCUACGGUCAACGCAACUCGCACUGGGAAUGGCUUGCCUACGACGAUGUACAGAGCAUGACUGAGAAGGUAAGCUCCGCCUGACUCAGAACUAUACGUGCAGUAGGUUACGUACGUACCGACUUUCACACACAAACACAGUCCUCACAGUCAACACAGAACACAGGCAUAAACAGACACACACACACACACACACA